GACAGCAGCAGUCAGCAGGAACGGAUUUGGGGACGCACGAGCGGCCGGGAGACUCAGAAAAGCGGGCGUCAUCAUCCUCUCUCUCCUCUGUCCGUUUGCCGCGCUUCGCGCGGAGCUGCAGGUGAAGUGAAACGUCAUCAUGCCGCGGUCAUUCCUGGUGAAAAACAAAAGAUGCGCGUCCUACAAUGUUCAUCGCUCCCCGGAGAAGGAGCCGAAGGCCGCAGCUUGUGCAGAUGUCACGCUGCAGCUCCAGAGUGCAGACCUGUUGGACGUGCCUCAGCCUGGGGAGCAGGCCGCGGCCCCCCCUUCGCAGGAGCAGCAGGUGGCUGAGCUGCCCCGUCCCUUACCUGUUCAGCGGGAUCCACCCAGCUCUCCGGUGGCGUGCGCGCAGCCUUACUUUCUGAGUGAGCCCCACGUGGACGAGUUCUCCCCGUACUACAAGCCCGCGUUCGCGUGGGAGCCGGCGCCGUCCCGCUUCGAGCUGCGCCAGCUGAGCUUCAGCCCCACGGUGCUGCAGCACGCCAGCGGCCUGUACGGCGGCCGCAUCAGCCGCAGCCCCCCCACGCAGCAGCCGCUGGACUGCAGCACCCACUACACCCCCCUGUCCAGCACCUACCACUGCAUCACCUGUGACAAGGUGUUCUCCACGUCUCACGGCCUGGAGGUUCACGUCAGGAGGUCCCACAGCGGAAUGAGGCCCUUUGGGUGCAGCAUCUGCAGGAAAACCUUCGGCCACGCCGUCAGUCUGGAGCAGCACAUGAACGUUCACUCGCAGGAGAAAAGCUUCGAGUGUAAGAUGUGCGGGAAGUCGUUCAAGCGCUCCUCCACGCUCUCCACGCACCUACUCAUCCACUCGGACACGCGGCCCUAUCCGUGCCAGUUCUGCGGGAAGAGGUUUCACCAGAAGUCCGACAUGAAGAAGCACACCUACAUCCACACUGGUGAGAAGCCCCACAAGUGCCAGGUGUGCGGCAAAGCCUUCAGCCAGAGCUCCAACCUGAUCACCCACAGCAGGAAGCACACGGGCUUCAAGCCGUUCGGCUGCGACAUCUGCGCAAAGGGCUUCCAGAGGAAGGUGGACCUGCGGCGGCACCACGAGAGCCAGCACGGCAUGAAGUGACGGAGCGCAAACACCUGACGCACAGUCUGCGGCUGCGCAGACAUCCAAACGAACUCUGGGGCGCGCGCUGCGUGGAGACGUGUGGAGCGGUGGAUACGCGCGUGGACUGUGAGUCAUUGGACUGGUUCCCGUUGAAAUGGUCACGCGAGAACGGCAGCAAACUCGCGAAGUUUACACAAAAAUGUUAGACUUUAUGAAGAAAAGAAAGUUCUUUAAAUCAUAACACGAAACCACGCGAGAAAAUGCAAGCGACAAAGUCACGAAGCAGGUGAAAACAAACCCAAA